AUGUGCGAGGAAGAAGAAACUAUAGUUGAAAAUUUGGUCUCUGCAUUUGUUAAUGAGGAGGAAAAUGAUGACUAUUAUCAACGGACACCUCCUACAUCAGACAGUGAAGGUGGAGAAAUUCCGAGGUGUCCAUAUGAUAGAUGGAGAAGAGGAAGUGGAGAACUGAAGAUUUCUCUAGUGUUUGAAAGCAUGAAAGAAUUCAGAGAGGCUGUGAUUGAGUAUGCACUGAAAGCAGGUUGGAAUAUCCAGUUUAGUAGGUGGGGUAAGCUUAAGUGUUCUGCUGUGUGUGGUAUCAAGAAGUGCGAGUGGAGAAUCUACUGUUCUUAUGAGAGACCAGUUUCUAUGUGGAUGAUUAAGACGUUCCAAGAUCAGCAUACAUGUCUACCAGAUGGUCGAUGCCGGAUUUUGUCACAACAAGUAAUCUGUGACAUGUUCAUUAACGAGCUGCGAAACGAUCCCUCAUUGAAGCCUGUCGAUAUGCAACAGAAGAUUCAUGAUCUCUACAAUGUAGCUCCGUCACACAAUCAAUGUCGGAAGGCAAAGAAGAAAGCUUUGGAACUCAUUGAAGCAGAAUAUGAUAAACAAUAUUCCCGGAUGAAAGACUACCGAGAUGAACUGAAAAAGACAAACAAAAACUCGACAAUUGAGCUUCGGACUGUCAUAAACGCAAGUGGUAAAGAAGUUUUUUGA